AUGAGCAGGGAAGUGUUUGGAUCAUGUCCAGGUUUGGCUAGGGGUGGAAGCCUCAUAUCCAGGCUUCUCAAAAGAAGGAGAGGUAUAGGACAAGGGGAGGGACAGUGAGAUGGAGGGAACUGGUAUGCCUGCAUAAAGUAAUGGGAGCAGGUGGGCAUAGCCAGGCCUUUGCUCAAACUCCAGCAAAUUCUCAGGGAAUGGGUGUGGGAUAGAGCUGAGACAGCCUAGUAUGUGGCUUUGGGGUCAGACCUGGAAUCAGUCCGGGAGGACUUCCUGGAGGAGGCAGGAGCGGGGAGGGGAGCUGAUGGCCGGAAGAGCUGUCACCACUUCCCACACCUGUCACCCCAGCUGUGCUCAGCAGCAGUUAGAAGUCUCAGCCCUGCCGAGCAUGACCUCACUGUCAAAGGUUAAAAUAGACCUCUCUGCCCCAACCAACUUAGAGGUGUCUGGGUGAUUAGGGAAGAGGAAGAAAAUAGGCUUGGUGGCCCCUGAAGGGUGUGUCAAGGAAGACACCAAGCCUGGAUUUCAGGGAAGGGACUCUGUAUGUUCUGAACACCUACUGUGUGCUGAGCCACAGGCUGAGCACUUUGCAGGACUUAUCUCCUUGAUUCCUCACCACGGUCCCUCAAGGUGGGUGUUCUCUGCUCCAUUUUACAGAGGAGGAAACUGAGGCUCCUGGAUGUGGAGCGCUUCCCCGAGUCCCACACACACAGCAAGCCCGUGAAGGAGCCGGGAGAGUCAGGUCCAGGCCUCUGACCUGUGCCCCAGUGCCCCAGUAGCCUAGCCCUGCCCCUGCCCAGCCCUAGCAGGAGAGAGGCCCCUUCCGGGCCAGUGCAGCUUCUGGGCCUAAUUGGGGCCUGGUGGCAGCGGGGUGGAGAAGAGCAGAUGGGUCUGUGGUUUGAUUUCCCCAGCAGGUGUUUCCCAAGCUUGGCGGGAACAGGCAGGGGGAGCAGGGGGACCUCAGCUGUUUGUCCUUGAGAUGCAGGGGAAGGAUUCAUUGUCUGCCCCUCUCGGCAAAGAAAGAAUGGCAAAUGGAGUCUAUUCAGGAGGCCCUGGGGCCCCGGGGCCCUGGAGCUGGAGCCCAAACAUGGGGGUGGGGAAUGUUUGCUCUGCUUCCCGAAGUGGGCACCUCCCUGGGGUGUGGCACUGAGCCAGGAAGUCCCCUGGGCCCGGGCGGAUGCCCAGCCCCACCCUGAUAAGGGCCAGCUGUGGGGCUGUGAUGGGCACCAGGGCAGGCGGGCCAGCUGCUUUUGCACUUGCUGGGGCCAAAAGGAAGCUGGACCUGGAGGGGAUCGGGAGGCCAGCCAUCCCUGAAUUCCGGACUCCCAAGGGGAAGUGCAUUAGAGUGGAGGGCCUUCCCAGCCCCAGAACCCCCAAGUCCCCUGGAGAGAAGACUCGGUAUGACACGUCGCUGGGGCUGCUCACGAAGAAGUUCAUUUACCUCCUGAGUGAAUCCAAGGAUGGGGUCCUGGACCUGAACUGGGCGGCCGAGGUGCUGGACGUGCAGAAGCGGCGCAUCUACGACAUCACCAAUGUGCUGGAGGGUAUCCAGCUCAUCCGUAAGAAGGCCAAGAACAACAUCCAGUGGGUAGGCAGGGGAAUGUUCGAAGACCCCACCCGGCCUGGGAAGCAGCAGCAGCUGGGGCAGGAGCUGAAGGAGCUGAUGAGCAUGGAGCAGGCCUUGGACCAGCUCAUCCAGAGCUGCUCCCUGAACUUCAAGCACCUGACUGAGGACAAGGCCAACAAGAGACUGGCCUAUGUGACUUACCAGGACAUCCGUGCCGUUGGCAACUUUAAGGAACAGACGGUGAUUGCUGUCAAGGCCCCUCCACAGACAAGACUGGAAGUGCCUGACAGGAACGAGGAGAACCUGCAGAUCUAUCUGAAGAGCACCCAGGGGCCCAUCGAAGUCUACCUGUGCCCAGAGGAGGUUCAGGACCCGGACAGUCCUGCCAAGGAGCGCCUCCCCCCAGCCUCCACCCUUGGCCCCAGCCCUGACUCCACCCAGCCCAGCAGCAGCACUGACCCUGGGAUGACAGACCCCGUGGCAUCUUCAGCGCCAGCGCUGACUCCCCAACAGGUUCUGCAGCCGCCAGCCCCACCGCCACCACCACCGCCACCACCGCUUGUCCCCCUGGAGGCCACCGACAGCAUGCUGGAGCUGCCACACCCACUUCUGCAGCAGACUGAGGACCAGUUCCUGUCCCCAACCCUGCCAUGCAGCUCUCCCCUGAUCAGCUUCUCCCCGCCCUUGGACCAGGACGACUACCUGUGGGGCCUGGAUGGGGGUGAGGGCAUCAGUGACCUCUUCGACUCCUAUGACCUCGGGGACCUGCUGAUUAAUUGAGUGGCCUUGCCUGCCGUCAGCAGCCCGCCCUGUCUCUACCUCCUCACAGAUGGACAGGCCCUCUGCCCGCACAGGGACGUGGGACACAAGGUGUUGCCCUCAGGGUAUGGGGGCCUCUUCUCUGUCUUGCCCCCCAGCCAGCCGAAGCUGUCUCGGGGUGCGGGCAUGUAGAGGAUCUGGGGGAGGAGUGUAUCAGGGUUUGGGUCCUCUCUUUCCUGAUGGAAGCUGGGCCUGGGAAGGCCCGUCCAGCUUCUGACCUCUGACCUCUGACGUGAAGGGCCACAGGUGAGGCAGCCAAGUCCAGGGAAAGGCCCUGCCCCUGCCUUUGGCUUUGGGACCAGGGAUAGAAUUAGGACCCUGAAUUUAUCAAGAAGCACUUAAUGCCUUUGUAUUUAUUUCAGGUUGAGUUUUGUUUGUUUGUCUUCCCUGAGUUUUUAGCAGGGAGAUUGUUCUAGUUUCUAGUAAGACUUCUCAGACAGGCCCAGUGCGGUCUACUGUCCAAGGGCCGGCUGGGGCUUCCAGGGCCUCAGGCCGCCUCCCGGAUUUCCCCGCAGCAGUGGGCUGGGUCGCUGGGGAGCCGUCCAGUCUGCUAGAAGGCUACUUGCACUUAGGCCUCAUAAUGCCAGUAGGUGGUGGCCACAGGCCCUUUGGCUUCUCCUGCCCCUGGUCUCCAGCUGAGGCGCAGCCUUGGACUCCUGGUCUCCUCUGUCUCAGAGAUGGCUGCCGGGAGCCAUCCCAGGGGCGGCUCCUAUGGAAUUCCCUACCUCUCCUUCCCCUUAGAGCAUAGUGACCCUCCAGGGAGUCAGCACUGAAGAGCCCCCGGGGAGGCACAGACAGGAGCGUGGAAGCAGCUAGAGUGGCUGCCUAGGGCACUUUUCCUCCAUUUUUGCCUCUUGCUUGGGACAAGGGGUGUCUUACAGUGAGGGAGGGAGCGGCAGUCCCCCAUAGAGAAAGAUGGGAUUAAAACAAGAAACUGCCAGAAAGCACCCCCUCUGGUAGCUGCUGGUACUAUCAUCCCCUCCCUAGAAGGACUUUUUUGUUUAUUCAAGGAGUCGUUCUUUUGAAGAUCUCCUCUCUCCACACCCACUGUCACACAGACCUUCCUCGUCCCCCCAGGACGGAGGUGACCAGGACUUGGUGGCAUUUUGGCUCCUUUUGUCAAGGGAAUGCCACAGGGCUGACAGGAGGAGUCUUCACUGCAGAUCAGACCUUGGCAGCUAAUGGGGAGACUGGCUUAUGUUACCUGUCUCAGGGUCCUGAGGUCUCUUGCUCUCCGCCCCCGCCCCGCCACGUCCCACCCAGAGGCUUGUCCAUCCCACAGUGUCUCUGAGGCCCAUUUGGGUGUGGGUGUAGGGGAGGGGAUCAGCUCUCCUCCCCACCCAACUUGGGGCGGGGCUGCCCUGGGCUGAACCAAGGCUGUGCCCUUUGGAGAGAGGCCACCCGGGAUGGUGGUCUAAGAGGCCUGCCACCCACCCUCAGGGAGCUAGGUUUCCUCAGGGGCUCAGCUGGGCAGCACUUUUUUUUUUUUUUUUUUUUUAAGUUUGUAGCAUUAAGUUGGUUUUAAAUAUGUAGUUGGCCUCAUGGGAUUGUUCCUUUGCUGACCAGAAGCUGGCAUCUGAAGUUUGGGAGGUGGACUUCUUUAGAGGGGGGGUCUGAUGUGAGCUAAUUCCCAUACGGGGACAGUCAUACCUUGUCAUUUUCGCAACUUCCCUUGGCCCCAAACUAUGCCCUCAUAGGAAUCGUCGACAGGUCACAGUUGCCCAGCCCUGGAAACAGGGCUAAUUUUGUCUGCUUUAUGGAAAUGCUUUGGCCUCCCCUCCCCAGAGACACUCAGGAGUCUCAUCAGAAAUCUCUUUGGAAGCCCACCACAUCCAGAGUCAAGGGAUGACCUUGGCCCUUGGGCAGGGGAUGGGAGUGAUGCGUGGAAUGUGCAUGGGGGCAGAGGGGCAUGGGAGUCCGGCCGAGAUGGCCUUGCUGUUCUGUGGUCUGGGGGGCUGCCAUUUACCCAUGUCCCAUCUCUGAAGACCGAUGUUUGACUUCCAUGCCUUUGGCUCUGUCUAGAGUUUUCUCCUAGAAUUAAAUCAGAGAAAAGGGAGAAGAGGCCUGCAGGACCCACUGGGAAUGGGUUUAAUAGUAAAGUCUGGCCAGAAUGCAAGCUCAUUCCCCAAAUGCCCAGACAUAGUGCUGGACAGAGGGGCUGCCCCUUGGGCCCGUGGCCUGUGCCCUGAGCAGCUGCCUCCAUCCUGGGCUAUCCCCUCCACACCCUGCCCGGCCCCGGGACUGGACCACCCAGGCCAAGCUGCAGACUGUGGGGAGUGACAAGCUCACGCCUCUUUCUUGCCAGUGACACACUUGAAACCUCUCAGAGUUCCAUCAAGUGCUGUAAGAAUGCAUUUUGGAUGGUUAUUUCCUUUAGGGGCCAUGUAAACUUUAGAACUAGGGGUUGAAGAAAAGCCACUUUGCUCUCUGACCCCCAAGUCACCUGUGUCCCCAGGGCCGCCAGAGGCUCAGGGGCUCCAGGGAGCGUAGAGUUGGAGAUUCAGAGAGAUUUCCUCAAACCAGGGACACGCUCCCAUUUCCCUUUCCAUUAAAAGUGUUCUCUAGACUAGCAUGGUGGUGUCCCUUCUCCACAGCAAUGCUGUGGUUGGACCAGUGUUUGCUGUGGGAGGAAGAGGGGGAUUGUGAAAAUCAGAAAGCUGGUUCUGGGAUGGUUUUGACUUGACUUUCCCUCCCCAAGUGUUCUCAACCUCCGUUCUUCCCUGUGUUUGGUUCUUAGUAAAAGCGUUGGGGUGUUCCCACAUCCGAGUGCCGUGUGGCUUUAGUGCAUUUGAAGUGAAAACCUUUUUGGGGUUGUUUGCAAGCAGCUGUCUGGUUCUCAUCAUUGUGUCCCAGGGUCCCCACCUCAUCCCAGGACGCUGUUCUCCCACGAGGACCCUGGGUGACCAGAAGCCCAGCCAGCCUGCUGGUUCCUGGGUGAGGGAAGAAGCUUUGUAUACGGCACAUGUGUCUCAAGGGUGAUUAGGCCCAAGGGAACCUGGUCCCUGUGCUGGGACCCUAUACAGGUCUUUUACCUCUGGGCUGGUUUUACACUGGGUCUUGCCUUGAUGAGCACCAUGUAAACCUCCUGUUGUGAUAAUUGGGCAUUAAAUGGCAACUCUAGACACCUUGA